GUGUACACCGCGCAUUUCAUUUUUGUUGUGUAGUUGUUGUUGUGUAGACAUUACAGGAGUAUCGACUCUCGCAAUGCAUCAUCUCGGAUUAAAAGACAUCACUGGGUGUUUCAGGAAAGGAAUUCUGUUAUUUCUAUGUGCAGAUAUUACUGGGGAUUUACUAUUCCUUUGAGAUUAGUCACGUCAGCGAUAUGCAAAGGGUUAUGUCAUUUUAAAAUGACCUGGAUAUAUUCUGUUUAUUACGACGAUGUCAACAGCUUGGUAAUAGAGGAGCAGGGAUGAAUAAAUAAUGAGAAUGGCUUUUUCGUUGAGAGCUGGCACCCAUUGGUGCCAUGAUUUUCCAAAACUCGCACGUGAAUCUGGAUUCUAUUUCAACAUCAAUAGAACUCCAGUGCGAAUUGAUUGGAAUCGCAUAAGUACAAUAGACAUCGAUCGUCUGAUCAGGGAACGAGACUUCAUGACGAUCGAUGAAAACGUAAAUAAUGUCGUGGAUUAUUCCCUUGAAUCUACCUAUGACAUUAAAAUUCUUGAUCCCAAUUUCGUAAAAAUAUUCAGACUUGCCCAACUCUCGGUGGAAUAUCUUCUGUACUGCAGGCAAUACUUGGACCAAAGUGUCAUAAUUCUGAAGGACGAUUUGAAAUUAAAACUUGAGGAUAACCACAAGCUCAAGAGAGAGCUGUCACUAGCUGAGGAGAAUAUCAAGGAGUUGAAAGAGAAACCCAGGGAGAAGUACAAGUGGGUCGAAAAGAAGUUCAGCGAUUCGAAUGGAGAAAUCCACAAAUGCCCGCACUGCCCGAAGACAUUUAUAUCAUCUGUUUUCAUGAGUUCCCACCUGACUCGUCGUCAUUCGAAUCAAUCCAUUCCGAUUUCUUCCCCCGUCCACGAGGAAUACCGGGCGGAAGCGGAGAAGCUGCACAACGAGAUAAAAAACCUAAAGGAGCGUUUGAACGAAACUGAAAGAAUAAUUCGUAGUGAAUCAGGAAAGCUCCAUGAGUCCAUUGAAAAUACCAAAGCCCUUCACCUAGGAAAGGUGGAGCUGAGCGAGAGGCAGAGGAUUGAGGAGGAUUACGAAAAAUAUCGGGAGGAGAUGAACAAUCUCCGGAGCAUUCUCUUCAGCGAGAUUAAGAGCUUCGAAGGCACUGAGAAGAGACACUGGGAGAAACACGAUGAGAGAAAUGAACUAGUCAAAUUGCAGGGGGAAGAGAUCCAACGACUGAGGGAUCAGCUUCAGGCACAGGGCUCUUUACAAAUUUCCAACAGUCAAUUGAAGGAGGAUAUUCAGGAACACUGGCAGGCAAAAAUCCAGGAGAUAGAGGAGCAGCAUCGUUUGGACAUGGAGAAGUUGAAUCAACAGCUGAUCCUCAAUCAACAGACGACUGACAAAAUGAGAAUGGAUUACACCAGUAAAAUUAGUGAGCUAGAAGAGAAGUCGAGGAAUUAUGUUGACGCUGUCGUCCAGAAGGAGUCACGUGAGACGAAAAUUCUCGAGAGAAAUCCUAAAGAAAUGUUUUCCAAGGAAACAGCAUUGGCUAUUGAAGACAUUGACACUUCUUCAGGCGCAGAGAUUUUAGAGGAAGAUGAAGUGCAAAAGAUCCAGUUGCAAUCGAAGAAGACUGACAGAUCGCCAGUUCCUUGUGGCAGUUUUUCCAGGAGAAAACCACUGGUGGAUCGUGAGAAAUUUAAAAUUGAAGUGAAACAGGUGAAUUCGGAGCAUCCGAAACCCCUUGAGAGGAGUUAUCCAGGGAUUCAGAGUGGAGGAAAACCUAUGGAGGAAAAAUUGGAGUGUGAGAAAAUUGUGACGUCUGUGGAGGACAUCAAUUCGGAAUCUGCCACAAUUUCUGACUCGCAGAUGUCUCAGAGUGAGUCACAGGAUGAGAGUGAAUCCGAGAGUGAAGAGAGUCCCGAGGUGUCAAGGGUAAAGACUACCGAAGCAAUAAAAAUGGAAGUAGAAGAGAAUUUUGAGGAACGACUGCGAGGUCUCGGGGUAGAUCCAGAGUGGACUGGUCUUCCAUUGACGACGUUCAAACAAUUAAUCGUGACGAUGGCUCAUCAUCGCGCUGUGAGUACAAAAAAAUCCAGCAGCUUCAAGCAAAUCCGGCAAAGAAUCUCGGAGAAGUUGACGAGUGGAAUUCCCAGGGAGCAGAUGCCCAGAUCCAUCGAGCAGGCGAAAUCUCCUUUGAAUAGACUCAUGGGCAACGUCACGAGGAGAGCUGCGAAAAGUCUGAGAGUUCUCAAGAUGCAGGAGUCUCCCUCGAGGGAGAAAUCUAAACCCAAAUUCUCGUUGAGAGACAAACCAAGCAUGGCGAAGCUUCAGGCUGAUCUGCUCCCAAAAAAGUUGGAUAAAAUCCAGGUGAGAACCCUGGAGAGACGAGAGCAGGAUACAGAGAGAGAGGCAUCGAUAUUCUCACCCUCGAGAUUUAGCACUCCCCGAUACGUACCGAGUCCUCAUCAGGAGCCAGACCCCUCGAAAAAUGUGAGACAGUUAUUCCCCUCGUACGAGAGUAUCAAGGAUUAUGGUAAGGAUUUAACAGGCAAAAUGCAGCAGUCGCAGAAUCGAAUUCUAGGAGAGGAAAGUUUUUCCAGCGUUUCUGUCUCUCAGGAGAAAUUGGAUCGAGUCGUGAGCCUUCCAGCCUCUCCGAAGGGCAAUAGAAGCCUUUUGAAAUCGAUGACAGGAUCUGUUGGAAGUCUCGUAAAGAAGAAAGUCCUGUUUGACCUGGAGGAGAAUGAGAAUAAUCCAGAUAAUUAUUCCAGGAGCUCUCAGAUCUCAUCGACAGUCGUCGAUAGUGACGACGGGGUUUCGAGUCUUUCCGGUGAAGAGGCAAAACCUGAAGCCUCUGAUAAUCUUCAGGUGUCCCAGGGGGAGAGGAGGAUUGAAGUUAUAGCUCGACAGCAACUCUUGGGACGUCUCAGCAACGAAAUUAUGAUUGCUCCUCCUAUGCCUGCACCCAGAACCUCCACCUCGAUCAUUCCCUCGAAAAAUAUAUCCAGCAGUAGAGAAUCCAAUUUGGAUCAUGACAUCGAGGAACUACUUCGUAUGGACUGAAGAAAAUAUAUGAAUGUACCUGAUUUUACCAAAUACCAGUAGCUCUUAAGAAUUUAUUUGUUAAGGACAGUGGAAUUAUCACAGUGCUUCUGCCAUUCGUGUUUCAGACCUUUUGAUUAUGGAGACUAAUGUAGAUAUUUUGACAGAUGUUUACUGAUAUCACGUGUCUUGUAGAUUUCUCAUGUAAUUUUUUCAUUCAGGAGUUGAUGCCAAUAAUAAUUGUGUGUGAAUUUUAUUUGGCUUUCUUUGGUAUGGGUAUUUAUUUUCAAAUGUAUAUGGGAUUUUUUUUUAUUUUGUU